AUGAGUCUCAAGAGACCGCAGCAUUCCAUGGACGAAACCAGCAGUACAACCACGAGCAAGAGUCGACGUAGCCGCCGUACACUGCACAAAUCCGACUCGUGUUCGUCUACAUCUUCGUCUGAGGCUUCGCUUCCGCUAGCCUCUGCACCACGCACCGUUGAGAUCAUGUGGGGCGGGCGCACUACACCGGGCUUCACACUUAAGCGCAAGCGCACAGGCGCUAUCCUCGUUAGCACCGUGACGCGCGAGACGCAAGUUGCUACGACACUCAAGGUCGGCAGCGAGUUAAGACUCGUAGGUGGCUUCCCGGUUAACCGUCUCACACUACAGGACGUUAAGAAGGUCAUGCUUUUGGCCCCCAAGCCUGUGAGUCUCGUGUUCGUGAACGCGGACGACGUGUCGCUGGCGUCCACAACGCUGUCCAGUGCCAGCUUACGACGUAGCGUGAGUAUGGACAUAAACAACCUCAAAGAGGAACACGCCGCUGAAAGCGACAGCGACAACUCGACCAACUCAGCGCCAGCAUUCUACAGCACACCGUCGGAAAGCAACAAGUCUAAGAAGCGCAAAGUCUCCAAGCUUCAAGUGGCUUUGGAUCGAGUCAACCAGCUGUUGAACCGUCCGGUGCGCCAAGCAGGCCUGCACAUCGCCGCUGGCAAGAGCAUCGUCGUGUAG